AUGUCGUACGUAUCUUUCUCUAAGAGGAAGUGCUUUGGAUGCACAUGUUUCCUGGGGUUUAUCUUUGCGAUUGCCCAACUAUAUUAUUUGACCAGUGACUCUGUAAACGGUUACAUCAAGAACAUCGGCAACAGGUUAAAACUAUACCAACAUUUACUUAGACACGAUUUUUCAGCUGAGAUGAGAUACGAUGAUUUUCUUGAAUAUGCUGUGAACAAAGACCACAUACAUUACAAACGAUGUAGUAUUGUUGGAAAUGGAGGUAUUCUAAAAAAAAGUGGAUGUGGAUCAGAUAUCGACAAAGCCGACUAUGUCUUCAGGGCUAAUCUACCUUGGAUUCGGAACUUCACGGAAGAUGCUGGAAAGAAGACAAACUUUACUACUUUUAAUCCAAGCAUUAUUAGAACCAGGUACCACAACAAGUUGUCUGAACUCAAGAAGGAUCUCGAUGCAUAUCAAGGUCAUCUAAUGUUUUCACGAACUGAAAGAAUGAAAGGAGUUAAACGUACAUUUUUAUCGUAUGUACGAAAGAAUACUACGUUAAUUGACUUGGAAAUUGAUCUGAAUUACUCAUUUGCAGUUCAAACAUUUUGGUUAUGCAAUAAAAGUGCAACUUCAGGAUUGAUGUUGGUCAGCCUAGCACUUACACGCUGUGAUGAACUUCACCUGUUUGGAUUCUGGCCAUUUGAUACUGAUGAAGAGGGCAACGAUAUACCAUUCCACUAUACUGAGGACAUUAAAUGGAAGAAAUCAGUAGCACGGACGCAUUAUAUGCCGUACGAGUUUCAAAUUCUUAAAGAAUUGCAUACCAAAGGUGUGCUUGAGCUGCAUAUUGGGAAAUGUGAAUAG